GGCGGCGGACGCGGCGGAAGCGGAGGCUCCUCCGCCGGGGUGGCGGCAUGGCGGGCUGGGCACGGCUGGCCCGGCUCGGCGGGCGCCUCUGGGCGGCGGCGGCUCCCGGACACAGGUGUCAGCUGGGCUUUGUAGUCAGACACAUCAACAGUUCAACGUGGUGGCAUGAGCACCUUUCUGAAGAGAAUGUGGAGUUCCUCAAGAAGAUAACUGCAGAGGAGUACAAAGCUCAGACAGCCAGCAAGCUGUGCCCUCUGAAAGAUGAGCCAUGGCCACUGAAUAAAUGGACACCAGAUUCCAUCAGAGUUGGUGUUGUUGCAGUAAAACUGGGAAUGAUGCCAAUAUGGACCAAAUCAGGAGAAAAACGUCCUGUCACACUACUUAAGGUUCAAGAUUGCCAUGUUUUAAGAUAUGUUUCAAAGGAAGAGUCAGGUGGAAAAACAGCUAAGCUGCUUGUUGGAGGCAAAAAUGUAUCUCCUUUUUCUAAACCAGAGUCUGCACAUGAAAUUUUUAAAGAAGCCGGAGUGCCACGGAAGCAGAAAGUUACAACAUUUAAUGUAACAGAUGAUGCCAUAAUUAAGCCAGGUACUCCUCUGUAUGCUGCUCACUUCCGCCCCGGGCAGUUUGUGGAUGUUACUGCAAAAACAAUUGGUAAAGGAUUUCAAGGUGUCAUGAAAAGGUGGGGAUUUCAAGGUCAACCUGCAAGCCAUGGCCAGACAAAAACUCACAGACGACCUGGAGCAAUAUCUACCAAUAAAGCUGGCAAAGUUUAUCGUGGAAAGAAAAUGCCUGGUAAAAUGGGUAACAUCUACAGGACAUCUUUUGGCUUAAAGGUGUGGAGGAUCAAUACAAAACAUGACAUUAUUUAUGUAAAUGGGUCUGUUCCGGGUCACACCAAUUGUCUGGUGAAGGUCAGAGACAGCAAAUUGCCUACUUACAAGGACUGCAAUAAAAAUCCUCCAUUCCCUACAUUUUUUGCUGAUGGAGAUGAAGAACUGCCAGAAGACCUUUUUGAUGCGGAGAUGUUCCAGUUCACAGAUCCAUCUGUCACAUUUGCAUAAUGUUCCUCACAUCUUUGAAAACACAGUUUUGUUAUUUUCAUGUACAUUGCAAUGCUGUAUAAAAGUAAGCCUAUGAAUGGCAGUCUGGCCAACUGACAUAAGCAUUUCUGGUAUUGCUAUUUUGGUAAGGUAAUCAGAUUUCCCACUAUCAGUCUCAAACCUGUACUUAAAGCAACAGGUGAGUCUGAGGGACAGGUUGUCAAGCACACCAAACUGUGUGUCUUCAGUGACUUUAUGUCCUCUGCCUCAGGCUGUGAAAACCUACACAAUCCUGAAAAACUGUUGUUUUGAAGAUGGUUCCAGUUCAUUUUCUGAAUGUGAACAAAUUUUGUUUCUCUUUUAUGUAAAGUAUACUGGGCAACUCUGAUCAGUCAGAAAAAGGUUCCAGAUCUGCCUUGGCAUCUGAGGUGGGGGGGGAUCUGUUAAGAGUAAUCCAAAAUAAAACAAGAAAAUGCAUAAGCAUUGUUUUUCAGAAUGAGCUUGUAUUGCUUCCUUCUUUUAUCCAGAGCUCUUUCUCUCCUUUUGUCUUUGUAUUAUUUAAUGUAGCAGAUUCCAAACAGAUUUUCUAGAGGGAGGGGGAUGGUGGCCAUGUGUAGGGUGAGGGAGUGUUCGGAUGGGAAGCAUUUGCUAACAAAACAGCACUAGGACUGCAGGGGCCUCCUGUUUGUCACCUUUGCUAACAGCUAGUUCUGAACUUCACAGAGGGUCCCUUGAAUGCUCUCUGCAGAAGUCUCUGUGCAUCUACCAUUGUCUUUGUAUUAUAAUCUUAUGUUGUUGCAGGAGAGCUAUUUCAAAGAAAAGAAGGCAAAUGUGAGGGUUUUGUCUUUAUGAUAAUCCUCAUUUUUCUCUUCUACCCCACCUUUCAAUAGUAGCUGGGGUCAUGCCCCUUCUACUUUUCAUUUUUCAUGAUUUUAUAAUUUUGGAUUGUGUAAAUGCUGUCAUGUAUAGAAGUACAUUCAUAACUAUCAAUGCCGUCUGAGCACUUUACUCAUAAGCUCUGCAGUAGUUCAAGAGAGUUUGCACACACUGUUACCAUUAAUACCCUGGCAGUGCUGUCUGCUCAUCUUUGCAGUUUCAUCACAAGCUGUGAGCUCAAAGGAAGCCACAGGUUUAUGGAAAUACUUUAAGGUGAACUCUGUAUCAGGUAGUAUUUUAGUGUGGGGAAAUUCAACAAAGUACUUCAAUUCCUGUUUCUUUGGUAAGAGAACUUUUCCCUUUCUGGCAUAAAAAGUGAAAUUCCAAUGAUCUGAUCAUGUUGCUCCAGGGAGCAGCCAUUCAGGGAGUGCUGUAGCUAAUGUUCCCUUCCAUUUGUUCAGUUUUAAAGUUUCUGUUGAAGCCAAUAUUCUGUCAGAGUAAUCUCUGCAGUUUGGAUUUUGAAAUGUAUGCUGGGUGUGAGCUGUAUGAUUUUUUGAGGUGCUGCUUAUUCAUUUUUACUGAGAUGUGCAGGUGAAACCUUUUCCAUCUUUAUCAAUAAUAAGACAAGAGCUGUCAUAGCUCAACUGCAGACUGAUGUCCCAAAGUAUUUUCUGUAGAGCAGAUGCAGAGUGAGAUGGGUAAGAUCUGAUGAUGUGAGCUCAGAGUAGUGCAAUUCAGGCUGGAACAUAAGCAUCCAUUAGACCCGUUUCCUUAUUGUUCCCGUCUCUGUUUUCUGCUCUUCUGAGUAAAGAGGGGACUUUGAGCAGGAGAAAGCCAGGCUGAAUUUAUUUCAAGGAGCAAAACUGUUCAUAAGUGUAAUGACACCAAAUGUUUUAAGUCCAUCUCCAAGUUUGUUCUCAGAAAAGGCUAAGGAUGUUUAAUUGAACUAUUUUUAGACAUUAUGAUAGGUGUUGGAGCUGAAUAUUUGUUCUUCAAUGCGGCCAAAAGUUGUGGCUAAUCAGGAUGUGCUUUUAAACUUCAAAUAAAAGACAAAAUUAGGCAAAUAUCAGGUCUUUGUGUCUCAAAUGAGCCAACAGUUUCUCAUGCAAAAGGAUGUGUUCCUUUUUGUGAAAAGGAAAGCAAAGGGCUCUGUUUCAAAUAGAUGUAUCUGUGUGUUUUGUUGCUGUGUCUGAGUAAUGUCCGUUUAGAGCCAUCGGGCAACGUUUGCUCAGGCAAGCAACAACAGCAACAAAAAUAAGUUCUUAUUCCAUAUAGUAAUUAAAGAAGAAAGAACUGCACAUUUUACCAGGAGUCUGAAUCCUGUAGGACAACCUCCUACCCAAUCUUGGGUGCUGUUAUGUUUCCCAAGGAAGUAAUUGUUGGCAAGCUCUGCUACCAGUGCCAUAAUUUGUGAAGGUUGCUAUAUGUUCUCCCCCAAGACUUCUCUCCAGGCUGAACAACCCCAGCUCUCAGCCUGUCCUCAUAGGAGAGGUGCUCCAGCAUCUGAUCACCUUUGUGGCCUUUUUCUGGAGUCACUCUAGGAUCUGUGUCCUUGUGCUGUGGGCAAGGCGCUGAUCUGGGGUUUGUAUGUCCGGGGGCUCGUUCGCUCCUCCUUAUGCUGUUGUGUGUGUUUGGGUUAGUGGGGUGUUUUUAACAUCAGGAGCAUGCUGCUCUGGAGGAGGAUGUAGGGUUAAGCUUUAGCUGUAUCUCU